CUUGGACACUUCCUCCAUCAACACAGGUUCCUUGCCCAACAGCCUCUCCGGGAGUUUCCUUUUCCCUGGGCUCAGCCGGGCUCCUCCCUGCCUUUCCAAUUCCUCCCCAUCCUCCCUUUGGACGCUGGAUCCAUUCGGUCUCCUGCCUCCCGGGGUGUUGGGGGCGGUCCCAACCCUGCUCCCCAGCCUCCUCCUAGCCCCGCGGCACCUGCCACCCCUCCCUGUCAGGGGCCUUCUCGUUCCGCGCAGGCGUACUAGGCGCGGCCGCGAGGCCGAGGGCGACCGAAGCAGUCUCGGCCUCCACCUCCUCCGGACUCAUCCGCGCGGGGCUGGUCGGCGGCCACUCGGAUCGCGCUGGGCAGGGGCCCCGCGGCCAGCGCGUAGCCAUGGGCUCCGGCUGGAGCAGCGAGGAGGAGCGGCAGCCGCUGCUGGGGCCCGGGUUGGGGCCUGCGCCGGCGACUCCUUGGCGAACCCGGGAGGCGGCGGCGGGGCCGGCGGCGGCUGCACUGCCCGCGGCCGCCCCGGGUCCGGGGCGGGUGUACGGGCGCCGCUGGCUGGUACUUCUGCUCUUCUCGCUGCUGGGGUUCGCGCAGGGCCUGGUCUGGAACACCUGGGGCCCCAUCCAGAACUCGGCGCGCCAGGCCUAUGGCUUCUCCAGCUGGGACAUCGCGCUGCUCGUGCUGUGGGGGCCCAUCGGCUUCCUGCCCUGCUUCGCGUUCAUGUGGCUCCUGGACAAGAGAGGUCUUCGGAUAACUGUGCUUCUGACAUCUUUCCUUAUGGUUUUGGGAACUGGUCUAAGAUGCAUACCUAUAUCAGACUUAAUGCUCAAAAGAAGACUAAUCCAUGGAGGACAGAUGUUAAAUGGACUAGCAGGUCCAACCGUAAUGAAUGCAGCUCCGUUCCUCUCCACAACGUGGUUUUCUGCAGAUGAACGGGCCACCGCCACUGCUAUUGCAUCAAUGCUCAGUUAUCUUGGUGGAGCAUGUGCAUUUUUAGUUGGACCACUUCUUGUUCCAGCUCCCAAUGGGACGUCACCUCUGCUUGCUUCAGAGAAUAGCAGAGCCCACAUUAAAGAUCGCAUAGAGACUGUAUUAUAUGCAGAAUUUGGACUUGUCUGCCUACUAUUUUCUGCAACUCUAGCUUAUUUCCCACCCCGGCCUCCUCUUCCUCCCAGCGUUGCUGCAGCUAGCCAGCGACUGAGUUAUCGGCGGAGCUUUUGUAGAUUAUUAAGCAAUUUGAGAUUUUUGAUGAUUGCAUUAGCAUAUGCAAUACCACUUGGUGUAUUUGCUGGCUGGUCUGGAGUUCUGGACUUAAUUUUAACACCAGUGCAUGUCAGCCAAGUAGAUGCUGGCUGGAUUGGAUUUUGGUCCAUAGUUGGAGGCUGUGUUGUUGGAAUAGCUAUGGCAAGGUUUGCAGAUUUUAUCAGGGGUAUGCUGAAGCUAAUUCUUCUCCUCCUGUUUUCUGGGGCUACGCUAUCGUCCACGUGGUUCACCCUGACCUGUUUGAACAGCAUCACACACCUGCCUUUAACCACAGUGACACUGUAUGCCUCCUGUAUUCUCCUGGGAGUGUUCUUGAAUAGCAGUAUACCUAUAUUUUUUGAGCUUUUUGUGGAAACUGUCUACCCAGUUCCAGAAGGAAUUACUUGUGGAGUUGUCACUUUUUUAAGUAAUAUAUUCAUGGGAGUACUUUUAUUUUUUCUCACAUUUUAUCAUACAGAAUUGUCAUGGUUCAACUGGUGCCUUCCCGGGUCGUGUUUGCUCAGUCUCCUCCUCAUUCUGUGCUUCAGGGAAUCCUAUGACAGACUCUAUCUCGAUGUGGUUGUCUCAGUUUAAUAGCACAGGCUUGAAGGAGUUUAAAAAGAGACUGGAAAUCAGUACUGCAUACUGCACAUCUGCUCGGAAUUACCCAUCGAACAGGAAAAAGGCGAAGAGAGAAACUGCAUUCAGAGGUUUUGUUAGGUUACAGGUGAUCACAUUACUUAAUUACUAUUAGGUAAUAAUGAUAAUAAUGUGGGAUUUGAGUGGUCCUAGGGGAUUUAAACUCUCAAUGGCGUACCUGUGCCUGAUUCUGGGGUUGGAAGUGUGAUGUCUAUUACGCAAAGCACUACCUACAUAAUACCUUCUGUGUUUUGUGCCAGUGCUAAACUACUGAUUGAUUAAUUGUAAUUAUGAAAAGAAAUAAAGGGUUUCUAUCACAUGAAGAUAACUCCUUCCCUAAGUCACAUAUCAGAAUAGGAAGAAAUGCCACGAACUUCUAAAGAAGCUUCAACCUUGUAUCCGAUUUUAAUUAUAAAAUAGCCAAGAGGUAUCUCUAUGAUAGAAAUUAGCCACGUGUACACUACAUUUUUUUCUAAUAAAGCCAUUUCUUAUAUGACUCCUUAUUUUUAAUUAAGUCAGAAACCUUUGGCCAUCUUUAUUAUGGUGAUCAAGUGCUUUCCAGUGACUUCAGAGCACAUACUUUGUGACUCAACCUUAAAGUAUCCUUUUUCUGUGAAAUACAAUUUCAUCUACUUGGCUCUUAAAUAAUUACAUUAAAGGUGACUAAAUGUUUAAUGUAGUCACAUUAAAUAUUGUAUGAAAAAGUGUAAUUCUGUUCUGAUGUAGCACUUUGUUAAAAAUGAAGUGAAAAAUCACAUAGAAUAUUCUGUGUCUUCAGCCCAUAUAUAUACAUGGGAUGUAAGUCCAGCACUAGUUAUUAUUUCCUGGGGUUACAUUUUAUUAAAUGACCCUUGUUUGAAAGUAACAAUUUAUAACACUGAAACUUUCAGAUCUAUUGAAUGAUUUCUAAUUACAUUCUUGUAUUUCAGUUCAGGUUAUAAAAUAUUCAAUUCUGUAUGGAGUCAAUAUAUUUGAGAGGGCAGCAUUUUGCCAGUAUAAGUUUUCUUUCUGUGGAUGAUAUCUUCGUAAAAAAAAAUGAGAGUAACUCAUUGGACAGCUCUCAGACGUGUAUUUCACUACAACAUGCAAUAUGUUCUGGUGGGAUUAUAAUAUUACCAUUAUCCACAUAUACAUAAUUCCCCUCACACAGAAACACCAAACAUUUUCCAAAAAAAGUCAAGAAUAAUACUUUGCUUCCAUUAUUCUCAGCUUCCUGCAACCCCCCUCUCCUUUUUCCUCACUUGAAAUUGUGUCUUCAUUGUCAGCUAAAUAUAUAUUUUGUCUUUUUCUGGACAGUGUGUAAACCAGCUCCUUCUAUUAGCCAAGGUGAGGAAGUAUGGUUAAGGAAAAUUGGUCAGUACUUAAUUCUACGCAUGUCUGUGUGUGUGCAUAAAUCAUCACACACACUCAUACAUAGUCCCAAAUACCCCACUUUUCCCCCUUAAUAAGUUCAAGGCUAUUCCUUAACUCACCUCAGUCCUAAAGGAGGAUUCUAUUACUGCUAAACCUUCUAAGAUCCUAAAUGGUACAAUUUGAAAAGUAAGAAAACUCUCAAAUUUAACAUCUGUCUUCAGUCGCCUUAAAAUCAUUUCCCUUUUAUAACCAGUCUGCAGACUUAGCAACAAGAACCAAAGGAACUAAGGAAGUUGCUGGGGG